AGGACCCAGCUUUGCUGCAGUUCUUUGGGUCUCUCAUCUGGUCCCAAGUAACCCAGCUAAGUUGUGUGCAAUCAAAAAAAAAAAAAUCAAGAUGACCAGGUUGACAAUACUUGCAGGCUUGUGUCUGGUGCUAUGCCACCUGGGAUCUGCCACCAAAAUGGUGUGCUACUUCACAAACUGGUCCCAGUAUAGACCUGGUGAGGGGAAAUACAUGCCACAAAAUGUGGACCCCUUCCUAUGCACCACCCUGAUCUAUGCCUUCUCUAUCAUCAACCACAACAACGAGCUGGUUACUUAUGAGUGGAAUGAUGACGUUCUGUACAAGUCUUUCAACAACCUGAAGACCAAGAACCCCCAUCUGAAGACUCUCCUGGCUGUUGGUGGAUGGAACUUUGGUUCACAACAGUUCUCCAUCAUGGUAUCCAACCCAACUAACCGUCAGAAGUUCAUCCAGUCUUCGAUAAAAUUCCUGAGGACUCAUGGUUUUGAUGGUCUGGAUUUGGACUGGGAGUACCCUGGAGCUCGUGGGAGCCCCCCAGGGGACAAACAGAAGUUCACUUUGCUCUGCAGGGAACUUGUUCAAGCCUAUGCUGCCGAGGCCAAGGCCACUGGUAAUACUCAGCUCAUGUUGACUGCUGCAGUGUCUGCUGGAAAGGGUACAAUUGAUGGAGGAUAUGAAAUUGCUGAGAUUGCCAAAGAAUUGGACUUCAUCAAUGUGAUGACCUACGACUUUCAUGGAACUUGGGAGCGGUUCACUGGCCACAACAGCCCUCUGUUCCGCGGCUCUGAGGACUUUGGCGACCUCAUCUACUUUAACACCGACUUUGCAAUGAAGUACUGGCGAGACAACGGCACCCCAGUGGAGAAACUGAGGAUGGGUUUUGCUGCCUAUGGUCGUACUUUCCGUCUGACAUCAUCAAACACCGCAGUUGGAGCCCCAGCUAGUGGACCCGCAUCAGCUGGUCCAUUCACACGUGAAGCUGGAUUCUGGUCCUACUACGAGAUCUGUGGCUUCCUCAAGGGCACUACCAUUCAAUGGAUCGAUGACCAGAAGGUUCCCUAUGCCACAAAAAACAACGAGUGGGUGGGAUUUGACAACAGGGAAAGCUAUGAGACCAAAGUGCGUUACCUCCAGGAGCAGAGGUUUGGCGGUGCUUUUGUGUGGGCUCUUGAUUUGGAUGACUUUGCUGGACGAUUCUGUGGAGCGGGCAACCACCCUCUUUUGUCUCAUCUACGCAAACUUCUCAAUAUUGAGUUGCCCCCACUCCCUCCUACCACCACCCCAAAACCUGGCGCUAGCACCACCACGCGUCCAACCACAACCACCACGGUCACAACCCAUGCCCCUGGGUCCGGCUUCUGCAACGGAAAACCCGAUGGCCUGUAUCCCAACCCGGAUGACAGAAACAGCUUUUACAUGUGCGCCGGUGGCAUCACCCAUGUGAGGAAUUGUGGAGCUGGAUCUGUCUUUGAUGAUGGCUGCAAGUGCUGCGUAUGGCCAUGAGCAAUGUUUGGAGAAAAUGUACAUAACAACUGACACAAACAUCUAUUAAACCUUAUCAAGCAACA